AUGUCGGAUUAUACUCAAAGCCAAUUGACGGCACAAUUGAAAAAUAUGAAUACUGAAGAUUCUAUCAACGAAACUCCCCAUGAAAUGCAAGAUGUUUUUAACAAUGAACCUACACUAAUUAAAACUAAUUCACAUUCACCACGUCAUAUUCCACCAGAACUACAUCCAUUAACAAAAAUAGUAUCACCAUCAGAACCAAUGGAUCUACAGCAAAUUCGUCAAGCACAUCAAAAUCAAAAUGGGUUAUCACAUACAAGUUCAUCAUCAUCAAUAUCAUCAUUAGCAACAGAGGUAAUGAAUCCACAAAUUCCGUCACAACAACAAUCACAACAAAAUCUAAUACAACCUCAACCUCAACAUUCAUCAUUUCGUCGUAAAAAUUCAAUACAAAAAUUUAAUAGAAGUCAAUUUAGUUUAAGUUCAAUAUCAACAAAUCCAACUUCAACUCCUCUAAAUGGAUCAAUAGAUAAUAGUACUUGUUGUUCACCUAAAGAUAUAUUUGUAAGAGAACCACCAAGAAUACAUUCAAAAUUAUAUUGUGAAGAAGUUGGAAUGAACAACAAAACCGCAAAAGAUGUCUUGUCGAGAUUAUCAUCAGAUGAAUUAAGAUCUGUGAAAACUCAUACAGAAUUGGCAGAAACUGCUAAUGGAGUAAGAAUGUUGGCAAAAAAUUUAUCAAGAGCUACUAUACAAUUAGAUGUUAAAGCAGUUAUGAUUGUUACAAAAGCUCGUGAUAAUUCAUUAAUUUAUUUAACAAGAGAAGUUGUUGAAUGGUUAUUUACAAAGCAUGAAGGUAUUACGGUUUAUGUUGAUUCAAAAUUAGAAGAUUCAAAAAGGUUUAAUGCAAAAACUAUAAAAGAAGAAUAUCCAACAGCUAAUAAACAUCUAAAGUAUUGGAAUAAAAAAUUAACUUAUAAAUCUCCAGAAUUAUUUGAUUUAGUAGUUACUUUAGGUGGUGAUGGAACUGUAUUAUAUGUUUCUAAUUUAUUUCAAAGAAUUGUACCACCAGUAUUAUCAUUUGCAUUGGGAAGUUUGGGAUUUUUAACAAAUUUUAAAUUUGAUGAAUAUAAAUCAAGAAUGAAUCAUUGUAUUGAUUCUGGUGUAAAAGCAAAUUUAAGAAUGAGAUUUACUUGUAGAGUUCAUACUGCUGAAGGAAAAUUAAUUUGUGAACAACAAGUAUUAAAUGAAGUUGUUGUUGAUAGAGGUCCUUCUCCAUUUGUUACUCAAUUAGAACUUUAUGGUGAUGGUAAUUUAUUAACUAUUGCACAAGCUGAUGGUUUAAUUAUUGCAACUCCUACAGGUUCAACUGCUUAUUCCUUAUCUGCAGGUGGUUCAUUAGUUCAUCCAGGAGUAAGUGCGAUAAGUGUUACACCAAUUUGUCCACAUACUUUAUCAUUUAGACCAAUAUUAUUACCUGAUGGAAUGUUUUUAAAAAUUAAAGUCCCACUGAGUAGUAGAUCUACUGCAUGGUGUUCAUUUGAUGGUAGAGUAAGAACAGAAUUAAAAAAAGGUUAUUAUGUAACUGUACAAGCAUCACCAUUCCCAUUCCCAACAGUUAUAUCUUCUAAAACUGAAUAUAUUGAUUCAGUAAGUAGAAAUUUACAUUGGAAUAUAAGAGAACAACAAAAACCAUUUAGUUCAUAUUUAAAACCAGAAACUCGUAAAAUGAUUGUUGAAAAUCAAGAUGAAAAUGGAACAAAUUUUAAAGCAAGUAAAGUUGAUGAUGAAGAAGAAGAUUUUGAUAUAAAUUAUAGUGAUCAAGAUAUUAUAGAAAUAAAAUCAUCAAAUUCAGAUGAUUCUAAAGAAACAGAAGAAUUAUGUUAUUUACCAGCAAAUGGUGGUACUGCAACUCCUCAAACAUUUCAACAUUCAGAUGAUAGAUGUUGUUAUGCUCAUCCUCAUGCAAGAAUUUCUUUAAAUGGUUAUAAGUAA